AUGACAGAGAUUACCAAAAGAUUAUUCAAUAUAUUCAACUUAACUGGUCAAAAAUUCUUAGAAUGGAAAGAAGAUGUCAUCAUGAACUUAGAAACUCAAGGACUUGAACAUACCAUAUGGGAAGUAAAAAAAAAGUAUCCGACAGAUGGAACUCAAGCUACCAAAAUAAGGGACUCCCUUGUUGAAAGAUUUGAACAGCACAAGUGGAAAAAUUUAAGAUUUUUUGGUUUCAAAUCUCCCAGUGAGUAUAGUUCAACAUUAUAUAGAAUUGCAUCAAUGUUGAAAUACUGUGAGCACCCGGUGACUAAUGCAGAAAUGAUUGAAUGCACUUUAUUUACUUUUCAUCCAUCAAAUAUUAUUGUGCGACAACAAUAUAGGGAAAGAAAUUUUAAAAGAUAUUCAGCUCUGAGUGUAGUACUCUCACUGGCUGAACAACAUAAUGGUCUUGUAUGGAAAAAUCAUAAUACGAGACGUCUUGGAUCUCAAGCUGUCUGUGGGACACAUUCUAUGGAAACACAUGUGCCUGAAGCACAUGUUCUUGCAAAUAAAGGUCGUGGAAAUUAUAAUGAUUGUGGUAGAGGACGCAAACUUUAUGACGAAAAGGAAGAGGAUGAGGAUAAGGUCGUGGAAAUUUUAAUGGACAUAUAG